AUGGAUCCAUGCAUGGAGCUCAAGCAGAACACGACAAUUGUCGUGCUCGGUGCUUCUGGUGAUCUGGCGAAAAAGAAGACGUACCGAAACCAGUUCCUCCCCAAGGAUGUCAAGAUUGUAGGAUAUGCCCGUACUAAGAUGGACCACGACGAAUAUAUUCGACGCAUCAAGUCAUACAUAAAGACCCCUACAAAGGAGAUUGAGCAACAACUUGAAGACUUCGCUGGGCUUUGCACCUACGUCUCUGGUCAGUACGACAAGGACGAGUCCUUCCAGGGUCUCGAGCAGCACCUCCAAGAGGUUGAGCAGGAUCGCCCCGAAAACCACCGUCUGUUCUACAUGGCGCUCCCCCCCAGUGUCUUCACCAUUGUUUCUCAGCACCUCAAGAAGAUCUGUUACCCAAAGAACGGCAUCGCGCGUGUCAUCGUCGAGAAGCCUUUCGGCAAGGAUCUUGCCAGCUCCCGCGAGCUUCAAAAGUCCCUUGAGCCUGACUGGAACGAGCAGGAACUGUUCCGAAUCGACCAUUACCUUGGUAAGGAGAUGGUCAAGAACAUCCUGAUCCUUCGAUUUGGUAACUCUUUCCUCGGCGCUACUUGGAACCGGCACCACAUCGACAACGUCCAGAUCACCUUCAAGGAGCCAUUCGGUACUGAAGGACGUGGAGGCUACUUCGACGAGUUCGGUAUCGUCCGUGACGUUAUGCAGAACCAUCUCCUCCAGGUCCUCACUCUCUUGGCUAUGGAGCGGCCUAUUUCUUUCAACGCCGAGGACAUCCGUGACGAGAAGGUCCGCGUCCUUCGCGCUAUCCCAGCUAUCGAGCCCAAGAACGUCAUCAUCGGUCAGUACGGCAAGUCUCUCGACGGUAGCAAGCCCGCCUAUCGCGAGGACGACACCGUUCCCCAGGAUUCGCGAUGCCCAACUUUCUGCGCUCUGGUCGCCUACAUCAAGAACGAGCGUUGGGACGGCGUGCCUUUCAUCAUGAAGGCCGGAAAGGCUCUCAAUGAGCAAAAGACCGAGAUCCGAAUCCAGUUCAAGGAUGUCACAUCGGGUAUCUUUAAGGACAUUCCCCGAAACGAGCUUGUUAUGCGUAUCCAGCCCAACGAGAGUGUUUACAUCAAGAUGAACUCCAAGCUGCCUGGUCUCAGCAUGCAAACUGUCGUCACCGAGCUUGAUUUGACCUACCGAAGACGAUUCUCCGACCUCAAGAUUCCCGAGGCUUACGAGUCGCUUGUUCUUGACUGCCUCAAGGGCGACCAGUCCAACUUUGUUCGUGAUGAUGAGCUUGAUGCCAGUUGGCGCAUCUUCACACCACUGCUCCACUACCUUGACGACAACAAGGAGAUUAUCCCCAUGGAGUAUCCUUAUGGUUCUCGUGGCCCUGCUGUCCUUGACGACUUUACCUCGUCUUAUGGCUACAAGUUCAGCGACGCUGCUGGUUACCAAUGGCCAACCACCAACGCUGCUGCUGCCCCCAACAAGUUGACGACGGGAACGGCAGGGACUUCGGCGAAAUAA